GCUUAAGGGACGCUAGAAUGGAGGCUGUGGGCUUCGCGGGCAGUGGGGUUACUGCAGCCACCAUGUUCAACCAGCUCCAGCAGCAGCAGCUCCAACAGCACCUGCAACAGCAGCAGCAGCUGCUGCAGCUCCAGCAGCUGCUCCAGCAGUCCCCACCGCAGGCCUCACUGCCUCUGGCCAUCAGCAGGGGGCUCCCCCAGCAGCAGCCACAGCAGCAGCUUCUGAAUCUCCAGGGCACCAACUCAACCUCCCUCCUCAAUGGCUGUGUGCUUCAGAGAGCUUUGCUUCUGCAGCAGUUGCAAGGACUGGACCAGUUUGCAAUGUCACCAGCUACGUAUGACAGUGCCGGUCUCACCAUGCCCACAGCAACAUUGGGCAACCUUCGCAGCUACAACCUCGCGACCCCGAACCUGACAGCCCCCAGCCUCACACCCCCACAGCUGGCCACCCCAAAUCUACAGCAGUUCUUUCCUCAGGCCACUCAGCAGUCCCUGCUGGGCCCCCCUCCUGUCAGGGUCCCCAUACACCCCUCCAAGAUCAUGCUUUCGGGGCGGACCCCCCCAAAACAGACCCGGACACCCCCCUCCACCGCCCCCGAUCACAAGGAUUCUUCUUCUCAGACGACGCCUGUGAAAGACAAGGCGGACCCCGCAGAGGGGUCUGAGGACGCCGCUGAGCCCCGAGCAGACACGCCAGAUGACUUUGCUAAGGAGAAACACACUUCAGCACCUGAGCCGGAGUCCUGUGAGGCGACUGAGCCUCCAGCUAAAAGGUCAAAGAGCUCAGAGGAGCCCACAGAGAAGGGACCCUCAGGGCAGCUGCAGGCGAAGGUCCAGCCACAGGCCCGGAUGACAGCGCCAAAGCAGACACAGACACCAGAGCUGCUGCCUGAGCCGCUGGAGGCUCGAGUACUGCCACGGUUCCAGCCCCAGGUUCUGCAGAUGCAGACCCAGGUGCAGCCACAGACUCAGCAGCCUCAGGUGCCACCCGUGGAUGCCCAGGUGCAGCCAAAGCUGCAGAAGCAGGCACAGACACAGACCUCUCCAGAGCACUUAGUGCCGCAGCAGGUGCCGCCAAAGCUGCAGCAGGAGGCUGAGCCACGGCAGCAGGUGCAGCCACAGGCACAAUUGCAGCCCCCUUGGCAGGCACAGCCACAGCCGCAGCUGCAGCCACAGUCACAGAAGCAGAAGCAGGCACAGACGCAGACGUAUCCCCAGGCCCAGGCAGGAACACAGGCAAAGGUGCAGACACUGGAGAAGCCACUGGAGCAACCUCCAGUGCAGUUGCCAGUGCUGCCCUCGGACCAGACCCAGGGGCAGGCUCCAGCUCAGACCCAGCCACAGGUGGCAGCAUCGGAGCAAGCACCAGUUCUGGGUCAUUCUCCUGUGCUGGAAACACCACCCAGUACGGUAGAAACUGGAGCAGGCCUGGAGGAGGCCUCCCCAGAGCCAGUGGGCGCCCAGGUCAGCAUGGAGGAGAGCCAGGAGGAGCUGACUCGUGGCCUGGAUGUGGGAGAAUGUGAAAAAAGAGCGAGAGAGAUGCUCAGGGUGUGGGGUGCCGGGGGCUCCCUGAAGGUCACCAUCCUGCAGAGCAGUGACAGCAGGGCCUUUAGCACUGUAUCCAUCGCACCGGGGCCACGUUCCAGCGACUCGACCUCCGCUGCCCCCGCUUCCGCCAGCACACCCUCCGAGCUGGCCCCCCAGUUCUUCUGCUACAUCUGCAGGGCCAGCUGCCGCGGCCAGCAGGAGUUCCAGGACCAUGUGUCGGGGGCCCAGCACCAGCAGCGGCUCGGGGAGAUGCAGCACACGAGCCAGGCCUGCCUCCUGUCCCUGCUGCCUGUGCCCCGGGAUGUCCUGGACAGAGAGGACGAAGACCCUCCUCUGAGGCGCUGGUGCAACACCUGCCAGGUCUACUACGUGGGGGACCUGAUCCAGCAUCGCAGGACGCAGGACCACAAGAUCGCCAAACAGUCCCUGCGACCUUUCUGCACCAUUUGCAGCCGCUACUUCAAGACCCCACGCAAGUUUGUGGAACACGUCAAGUCCCAGGGGCACAAGGACAAAGCCAAGGAGCUGAAGAUGUUCGAGAAGGAGGUAACCGGCCAAGAUGAGGAUCACUUCAUCACAGUGGAUGCUGUGGGCUGCUUUGAGGAUGAUGAAGAUGAGGAAGAUGAUGAUAAUGAAGAAGAAGAAGAAGAAGAAGAAGAAGAAGAGAUCGAGGCUGAGGAGGAAUUCUGCAAGCAGGUGAGAUCCAAAGGCGUAUCCACAGAGGAGUGGAAGAACUCAGAGACCUACAACCCCAACACUGCGUAUGGCGUGGACUUCAUGGUGCCCGUCGUGGGCUAUGUCUGCCGCAUCUGCCACAAGUUCUACCACAGCAACUCGGAGGCAAAGAUCUCCCACUGCAAGUCCUUGGCCCACUUCGAGAACCUGCAGAAAUACAAGAAGGCCAAGAACCCCAGCCCUGCCACCAGGCCCGUGAGCCGCCGGUGUGCGAUCACUGCCCGGAACGCCCUGACGGCUCUGUUCACCUCCAGCGGCCGCUCGCACACCCAGCCCGGCCUCCAGGACACAGCCAAGGGCGCCAAGGUCCACCACAGCAAGCGACUCUAGGAGGGAGGUCUUGGUACCCCCAGAUUCCAGAUGAAGAAACUGAGGCCUAGCCAGAUCAAGUGACUUGCCGAAGGUCAUACAUCUGGUGAAUGGCCAGGAUUUGAUCCUGGCCUGAGCUCUGGACCCCUGUGCUAGCCUCUCUCCAGCUGGAUCCUGUGGAAGGUCAAGUGCAGAAGGGGUUGCACCCCUUGCCUGGCUGCUCCUCUGCUUCUGAGUUCAUGGGGCUCCAGUGGGGACUCUGCCCUUCCCGUCAGGUGACCCAGGAUGAAUCAUCAGUGGGCAGAGCCUCAGCUGAGUUGGAUCUGUAGUUCUGCUGUUUCCCCAUUUGGGAAGACCCUUACAGAUUGCCAGUCGGACCAACUGGGGAGGCUGAGGCCAAGAAUAGGAGGGUGGUGCCCAAGGUUGCACAGCAUGUCUUGGUGUUUUAGUGAAAGGCCUGGUCCCCAGAGAAGCCAAGUGCAUCACACGGGGUCACGCAGCAUGCCUGAUACCGUCUCAGGCAUGGGAAGCCGCUGCUGGCCAGGAGCGUACCAGGUGGGGAGGAAGUCCCGACCUUACCUGUACCCUCUGUGUCCAGAAAUAAAGAAGGCAAGAACCCUGUCCCCACCUCCACACCCGUGAGCAGCCGGCGCGUGAGC